AUGCUGCAGGCUCAGACCCAGCACGUCUUUUCCCACCAGCACCAGUAUCCGCAGGCUGAGCCGUCGUGGCUGCACCAGCAACAGCAGCAACAACAGCAACAGCAACAGCACCACCAGGCCCAGCACCAGCACCAGCACACGUCAAUUGCUCAGCAACAUGCCCAAGCCCACGCUGCCGCCGCUGCUGCCGUAGCGCACCAGCAACACUACAAUCGUAUCGUCAUGGCCGGAAACAACUCUGUUGCUGUUGCUGCCGCCGGGAAUCAAGGCCAGUCCUCGGCCAAUCCCGCGGGCGCGGACGCUGCAGGUGCCGGUCUCGAAGGGGUACACACCGAAGACAAUCGCAAAAUCUUCCUUUGGGUGACCGAGCUUCUCGAUCCCAAUAGACGCGAGACUGCUCUUAUGGAACUUAGCAAGAAGCGCGAGCAAGUUCCCGAACUGGCUCUCGUCAUCUGGCAUUCGUUCGGCGUCAUGACAGCCCUGCUCCAGGAAAUCAUCUCGGUAUAUCCACUACUCAACCCCUCGCAGCUCACUGCCGCUGCCUCUAACCGGGUGUGCAAUGCGCUAGCAUUGCUUCAAUGCGUUGCAUCGCACAACGAGACACGCACUUUGUUUCUGAACGCUCACAUUCCCCUAUUUCUCUACCCAUUCCUUAAUACCACAUCGAAAUCGCGCCCUUUUGAAUACUUGCGUCUCACGUCGCUUGGUGUCAUCGGCGCCCUUGUGAAAAAUGAUUCUUCCGAUGUGAUCAAUUUCCUCCUUACAACCGAGAUCAUUCCUCUCUGCCUUCGUAUCAUGGAGACUGGCUCAGAGUUGAGCAAGACCGUCGCCAUAUUUAUUGUCCAGAAGAUAUUGCUGGACGACACUGGUCUAAACUAUAUAUGCGCUACUUACGAGCGAUUCUAUGCCGUUGGAACGGUGCUGAGCAAUAUGGUUACACAAUUGGUGGAGCAACAAACUGUGCGACUGCUCAAACAUGUAGUCCGCUGUUUUCUAAGGCUAAGUGACAACAACCGCGCUCGCGAAGCCUUACGACAAUGUCUGCCGGAGCCUCUGCGGGAUGCGACUUUCUCAUCCGUUCUCCGUGACGAUGCUGCCACUAAGCGUUGCUUGGCUCAGCUGUUAAUCAAUCUUUCAGAUAAUGUAGAUGCCGGAAGCACUGCAGGUGCUGGCAUGUGA